AUGUAUAACGCUUUCACUCCCAGAUGCACCUUCAGAGAUGGUACUGUUACAGCAACAACAAGAACUGUUCUUUCGUAUAUUCUCUUCAAUGAUUACGUUUUACGUGGAUCUGUGCAGGUCUCUUUCAAAACCAAAGUUUUUCAUCCGAACAUCAACAGCAACGGCAGUAUUUGCCUUGAUAUCCUCAAAGAGCAAUGGAGUCCUGCCCUUACUAUAUCCAAGGUGCUGCUCUCGAUUUGCUCCUUGUUAACUGAUCCAAAUCCCGAUGAUCCUCUUGUACCUGAGAUUGCUCACAUGUACAAGACUGACAGAGCCAAGUAUGAGACUACUGCUCGGUCCUGGACUCAGAAAUAUGCAAUGGGAUAGGAGGUUUAAUCUCUAUGUUGCAUUUUAUGGUGGGCAGUAAAUAAAUAGGAAAAACAAAACUAUUUUAUGCCCAUAUUAAGGAUUUUGGUCAUUUUUACCUUGUCUACUUGGCUUGGUGGAUGCCAGGGAAAAAAAAAUGGAACUGUUAAAACUGUUUCAAUUAGUAUGGGAAGUCGUCCUAUCCAGUUUGUGUGCGCG